UGUACACGCAAUGUGGGGAUCAAAUUCACGGCGCCUAGAUCAAGAGUUGUGUGUUCUUCUGACUGAGCCAACCAGGUGCCUCCUCUGAUUUUAGAGUAAUUUUAGAUUAGUGUUCAUGUUUUUAAAAAGACUUAUUUUUGUAAUAACUUCAGACUUAUAGAAAAAUUGCAGACAUUGUAUAGAGUUUCUGUAUUCCUUCAUCCAGUUUCCUGAUUGUUACAUCUGACAUAAUGCUAGUGCCUUUAUUAGAACUAGAGAUUAACAUUGGUACAUUGCUAUUAACUAACUUGCAGACUUUAUUCUGAUUUUACUGGUUUUUCUUUUACUGUCCUUUUUCUGUUUCAUGAUCCAACCCAGUUUACCACAUUGCAUUUAGUAGAUAAGUGUGUUCAUGUUAAUUGAGUUAAUAUUUCUGCAGUUGACUUAACGUUUGUUUUCCAAUUUAGCAUGGAAAAUUUUAUCAUUUUAUUUUUGAUACUGAGAACUUGAUAUCUGAAACUGAUCUUUUAAAAUGAAUUGCUUUAUGCUUCCAUUAAAUAUUACUUUCAAGGUAGUCUUGUGAGAUGGCUGUAUACUAUCAUUUUUGGAAUUUUUCCUUGGAAUUGCCCCAAGAACCACUUAGUACUGCUUAUGAAAAGUCAGUCUUACUAAUUUAUAAUAGAUUUACAAGAAAACUGGUCUUGUGAUGUCUCCUGUAGAAAUUGUCUUCUUUGGGUCCCUAAUUUUAUAGCCUAUUCUGUGUUGGAAGAAUCCUGGUCUUGUUGGCAUUAAGAUGUUUCAAUGGUAACUGCUUAGUAAACAUGUGUUGAAUGAGUUAAAAGUAUUAUUAAAUAAAUGUAAUUUUGUUAUGCUAGUCCUUUUCAAUAUUUGACUAUGGAAGCCUUUUCCCUGAUGUGCUUAUUUAAAUUCAGAUAAAACACACUUUACAAGUCAUACCAGUUUGGCCAAAAAGCUGUAGUGGAAAGUUUGGUUCACCCAUCUUAUUUACACAAUGUUUUGCUUUUUACAUUUUUUAAAAUUUGUCUUUAAAGACUAUUGUCUACCUUCGAGAUAAAAAAAUAUGUCACAAGCUCUUAAAGUACUUUUUGUAAAGGAGUUUUGGGAUGGUUCACUAAUAGUGCUAUUGAAAAAAACAUACUGCUUAUUUAGAUCACUAUUUACUAAAUAUUGUGAAUGUUAUUAAAUAAUGUGAAUGAAUAUUUAGAAUGGGUUGGUCUUCCAUAUAGCUUUGUGAUUUUGAGCUAUAUGAUCAUAAUUUUGAAUGUUCUUAAUGUCUCCAUCACUUGAAAUCACACAACCAGUAGUAACAGAAAGAUGGACUUCAGGUGAAGUUUGUAGAAUUUAUCAGACUCGUGUUGCUAUGGGAAUGAGUGCAUUUUUCAGUAGAUUCAGCAUACUUUUUUUAGAAGGAAAGUUUACUAUUUGCUUUUAGAGCUGGAAUUAACCUUUUUUUCUUUUUGAUUCAUCUGAGAAAAAAAGAUUACUAAGUGGGAUGCAACUUUGAAAAGGAUGUAGUCUUGACCUGUGGCUUUGGAUUCCAUCAUAUGUAGAUAAACUAAUUUGUCAGUAGUUUUAGCUACGUAAUUUGUAAGCAUUUAAUAACAUUUUUGUAAAUUAAAUACCAGAAAUUUAUUAUACUAAAAUUUUUUGGAACCUAAAAACAUAUUAGUGGAAGUAUUGGUGAUAUAAUUGAGCCUUUUUUAGGUACUGAGAUCAGGUAGUAUUAGAGAAUUAAAAGUUUUCCUGAGUUUUCAUCAACAUUAUGAGCUGUAAUUUUCUUUUAAUGUUACAGUUAGAGAAUGCAUAUAAAAUAGCCAGCAUGUCAAUCAAAUCAUUAACAUUUUAGUGUUUUAUGAAUAUUAAUUAAUUAAUUUUAAAAAAUGUUUUAUUUUUGAGAGAGAGAGAGAAAGAGAGAGUGUGAGUGGGGGAGGGGUAGAGAGAAAGGGAGACACAGACCCCAAAGCAGGCUCCAGGCUCUGAGCUGUUAGCACAGAGCCCCAUGUGGAGCUGGAACUCACGAGCCACGAGAUCAUAAUCUGAGAUCAUAAUCUGAGCCAAAGCUGGAUGCUUAACUGACUGAGCCACCCAGGCGCCCCUAUUAAUAUUUUAAUAUACGUAAAAUUCCAAAAUUUGAUAAGAGAUACUGAAAUCCUUCAUUUAGAAGGGGAUUAACUUUUGUGAGAAUGAGGAAAUUUUCUUUCGUUUUUUUUUAGGAUUUUAAAUUGAGUUACAAUAAACUUUCUACUUAAAAUGAACAGAUUGAUGAAUUCCAGUGGAUGUAUACAUUCAUGAUUUAGGAAAUUUUUAUCAUUCCCCAAAGUAUCUUCCUGUCCCUUUGCAGUGUAUCCUUCUGUUAUCCAAGGACCCAGGGGAAAGAAUCAAGGACAGUUUGAGGAAAUUUUGGUAGAUUUGGAGCCGAUCUAAAAAAUCUUGGAAUUUUGGAACCCAAGAUGUUCUGGGGCUGAAAGACACACAGAAGUCUUCAUGGAUAUAGUUGAUACAUUUAAUCAUUUAAUUCCUACUGAACACUUAGAUGAUGCCCUAUUUCUAGGAUCCAACCUGGAGAAUGAAGUCUGUGAGGAUUUUAGUACAAGUCAAAAUGUCUUAGAGGACUCGCUGAAGAACAUGCUCAGCGAUAAGGAUCCUAUGCUAGGAUCUGCAAGUAACCAGUUCUGUUUGCCUGUUUUGGAUAGCAAUGAUCCCAAUUUCCAGAUGCCUUGUUCAACAGUUGUUGGUCUUGACGAUAUUAUGGACGAAGGUGUUGUUAAAGAAAGUGGCAAUGAUACCAUUGAUGAAGAAGAACUGAUUUUACCUAACAGGAAUUUGAGGGACAAAGUAGAAGAAAAUUCAGUGAGGUCACCAAGAAAAUCACCUCGUUUAAUGGCACAAGAACAAGUAAGAAGUUUGCGACAAAGCACUAUUGCCAAGCGUUCAAAUGCAGCACCUUUAAAUAGCACAAAAAAGGCAUCUGGGAAGACUGUAUCUGCCCCCAAAGCAGGGGUGAAACAUCCAGAAAGGUGUCAGAUUAAAGAAGUUUCUGUAUCACCAAAACCUGAAUACCAUAAAGAGAGCAGAAGGAGCAGCCGACAUAUUGGACAAAUUGACGUGGUACCAGAAGUAUCAGUGUCUUCAAGUCAUUCUUCAGUGUCGUCUUGUCUUGAAAUGAAGGAUGAAGCUGGAUUAGAUUCUAAGCAGAAGUGUGAUAAUCAGGGAGAAGCAAAUGUGCCAUCUCAUGAAUUAAAUUGUUCACUCCUUUCAGAGACUUGUGUUAGUAUUGAAGAGAAGAAGAAUGAAGCUCUGAUGGACUGUAAAGUCAAAACUGUUAGUAGCCCACUGUUUAAGUUUUCAGAUAAAGAAGAACAGGAUGAUUCUAUUUCAGUUAAGAUGGAUGGCACUGUGGUUGAAGAAGGGAGGGAAAAAGGAAAAGUUGAACAAGAAUCAAAUGAGACAGUAAAAUUAUCUCGUGAAGAUGACCAAAUUAUUGAGGAGCCUGCAUCUUCUGCCUCUCCUUCUGAUGCUGCUGCUUGUACAAAUCCAAAUAAAACAGAAAAGAACCUUACAGGUUUGUCUGGUUCUGUGGAUGAAGUAAAUGAAUGUAAUAUGGAAUUGAAGAAUACCCUGGAAGUUGCUGAUAAAGCGAAGAACUCCUUUCAAAGAAAUGAAAUAGAAUCUUUGGGUUAUUGUAAUGACACAGAGUCUAACGAUAAGCAGUUGGAGAGUACAGAAUUUAAUAAAUCAAACUUAGAGAUGGUUGAUGCUAAUGCUUUUGAACCAGAAAGUAAUAUUUUAGAAAAUGCUAUUUGUGAUGCAUCUGACCAAAAUUCAGAACAGUUGAAUGUUGUUGAAAGUAUUAAAAUGGAGUCUCAUGAAAUAGCAAACCUUCAGGAUGACAGAAGCAGCCAGUCAAGUAGUGUUUCUUGCUUAGAGUCAAAAAACAUAAAAUCCAAACAAACAAAACCUGUAAUUCAUUCUAAGCAAAACAUGACCACAGAUACUCUGAAAAAAAUUGUUGCAGCAAAGCAUGAACUAAUGCAUAACAAAACUAAGGUUAAUGUCAAAAGCGUGAAACGAAAUGUUGAUGAACCAGAAACUCAGCAAAAUUUUCAUAGGCCAGUCAAAGUGAGAAAAAAAGUUGAUAAGGAUUCAAAAAUUCAGAGUUGCAAUUCUGGGGUUAAAUCUGUGAAAAAUCAAGCUCAUUCUAUAUUGAAAAAAACAUCACAGGAUCAAAAUUUAGUGCAGGUUUCCAAACCCUUAACUCAUUCUCUGAGUGAUAAACCUCAUGGUCACCCUGGUGGCUCUAAAGAACCCCAUCAUCCUGCACAAACUGGACAUUUAUUACAUUCCAGCCAGAAACAAUGCCAUAAGCCCCAGCAGCUGGCUGCAGGGAUGAAAACCAAUAGCCAUGUGAAGGAAGAGCUUGAACAUGCAGGUGGUGUAGAGCAUUUUAAGGAGGAAGAUAAACUGAAACUAAAAAAACCUGAGAAGAACCUACAACCCCGCCAGAGAAGAAGCAGCAAAAGUUUUUCUUUGGAUGAGCCACCAUUGUUCAUUCCAGACAACAUAGCUACUAUAAAAAAAGAAGGUUCAGACCAUAGCUCUUCAUUUGAAAGCAAAUAUAUGUGGACUCCCAGCAAGCAGUGUGGGUUUUGCAAAAAACCACAUGGCAACAGGUUUAUGGUUGGCUGUGGGAGAUGUGAUGACUGGUUUCAUGGUGAUUGUGUUGGUUUAAGUCUUUGCCAAGCACAACAAAUGGGAGAGGAAGACAAAGAAUACGUGUGUGUGAAAUGUUGUGCUGAAGAAGAUAAAAAGACUGAAAUAGUAGAUGCAGAUAUUUUGGAAAACCAGGCUAAAGUUGAAGUCCAUAGUGAAGAUAGGACAAUGGAAUAUGAAAAGCUUGGGUUAUCAAAGCACACACCAACAAAUGAAAAAACCAAAUAUAUAGAAGAUACAGUGAAGCACAAGGUCAAAAUUUUAAAGCGGGAAUCUGGUGAAGGCAAAAACUCAUCAGACUGUAGAGAUAGUGAAAUAAAAAAAUGGCAGCUAGCUCCUCUUCGAAAGAUGGGACAACCGGUUUUACCUCGGAGAUCCUCAGAAGAAAAAAGUGAAAAAAUACCAAAAGAACCUUCAACUGUUAUUUGUACAGGAGAAAAAGGUUCCAAACAAGGGGCUCAUGAGAAGCAAGAGAUAAGAAAGAAGAAAAUUGAAAAGGGAGUGCCUAAUGUGCAUCCUCCUGCUACUUCUACUUCCAAGCCUUCUGCAGAUCAGAUCAGACAAAGCGUCAGACAUUCUCUUAAAGACAUUCUUAUGAAAAGACUUACAGAGUCCAAUUUGAAGGUGCCAGAGGAAAAAGCAGCAAAAGUUGCCACAAAAAUUGAAAAAGAGCUUUUCUCUUUUUUUCGGGACACAGAUGCUAAAUAUAAGAACAAAUACAGAAGUUUGAUGUUUAAUCUGAAAGAUCCUAAAAACAAUAUAUUAUUUAAAAAAGUACUGAAAGGAGAAGUAACCCCUGAUCAUCUUAUAAGAAUGAGUCCAGAAGAACUAGCUUCUAAAGAGUUAGCUGCUUGGAGACGGAGAGAAAACAGACAUACCAUAGAGAUGAUUGAGAAAGAGCAGAGAGAAGUGGAAAGACGGCCAAUCACAAAAAUAACUCAUAAAGGUGAAAUAGAAAUUGAGAGUGAUGCCCCAAUGAAGGAACAGGAAGCAGCCAUGGAGAUUCAGGAACCUACAGCUAACAAGUCAUUGGAGAAGACAGAAGGAUCUGAAAAACAGAAAGAAGAGAUUGAUUCUAUGUCUAAAGAUACCACUAGUCAACAUAGACAACAUCUUUUUGAUCUUAACUGUAAAAUUUGCAUAGGUCGAAUGGCACCACCUGUAGAUGAUCUUUCUCCAAAAAAAGUUAAAGUUGUUGUUGGAGUAUCUCGUAAACAUUCAGAUAAUGAAGCAGAAAGUAUAGCAGAUGCACUGUCUUCAACCUCAAACAUCUUGGCUUCUGAAUUCUUUGAAGAGGAAAAACAAGAGUCUCCGAAAUCAACAUUCUCUCCUGCCCCACGACCAGAGAUGCCUGGAACUGUUGAAGUUGAGUCUACCUUCCUGGCUCGAUUGAACUUUAUCUGGAAAGGUUUUAUCAACAUGCCUUCUGUAGCAAAAUUUGUUACCAAAGCCUACCCAGUAUCUGGUUCCCCUGAGUAUUUGACAGAGGAUCUACCAGAUAGUAUUCAAGUAGGUGGCAGGAUAUCACCUCAGACAGUUUGGGAUUAUGUUGAAAAAAUUAAAGCAUCAGGAACCAAGGAAAUUUGUGUGGUUCGCUUCACACCUGUAACUGAAGAAGAUCAGAUUUCUUAUACUUUGCUGUUUGCAUACUUCAGUAGCAGAAAGCGCUAUGGAGUAGCUGCUAACAACAUGAAGCAGGUUAAGGAUAUGUACCUUAUUCCUUUGGGUGCCGCAGAUAAAAUUCCACACCCUCUUGUGCCUUUUGAUGGACCUGGGCUUGAACUGCAUAGACCCAAUCUGUUGUUGGGCUUAAUUAUUCGUCAAAAACUGAAGCGGCAACAUAGUGCUAGUGUUAGCACUAGUCAUACAGCCGAGACUUCUGAAAGCAUACCAAUGGCAUUGCCACCUGACAAAAAAAGUAAGAUGGAAGUUUCCACAGAAGAAACACCAGAGGAAGAAAAUGACUUUUUUAAUUCUUUUACAACUGUAUUACACAAGCAGAGAAAUAAACCUCAGCAAACUCUUCAGGAAGACCUUCCAACAGUAAUUGAACCUUUAGUGGAAGUCACCAAACAAGAGCCACCAAAACCUUUAAGAUUCCUUCCUGGGGUAUUGAUUGGCUGGGAAAAUCAGCCUUCUACUCUGGAAUUAGCAAAUAAACCUCUUCCUGUGGAUGAUAUACUUCAGAGCCUUUUGGGCACUACUGGUCAGGUAUAUGAACAGACUCAAUCAGUGAUAGAACAAAACACUCUUAAAGAAAUUCCUUUUCUAAGUGAGCAAGCUGACCCCAAAGCAGAGAAAGUAGAUAAAGUGGAAGUAACUGAUGGUGAAGCCAAGGAGGUAAAGGUCAAAGUAGAUGAUCUUUCAGAGUCUACAGGUAAUUCAGUAGUAGGAGAAGAAACAUCAGUAAUGGGUUCUUCUUCCAUUUCUCCUGGACCUUUGACGAGUCUUAGCCUCAGAGGUAAACCACCAGAUGUUUCUACAGAAGCAUUCUUAACAAAUUUAUCAAUUCAGUCGAAACAGGAAGAAACUGUGGAGAAUAAAGAGAGAACGUUAAAAAGGCAGCUGCUGCAAGAUCAAGAGAAUAAUUUGCAAGAUAAUCGGACUUCAAAUACUAGUUCUCCAUGCAGGUCUAAUGUAGGAAAAGGAAACAUAGAUAGUAAUGUCAGUUGCAGUGAAAACAUUGUUGCUAAUACAACAAGGUCCCCACAGUUUAUCAACUUGAAACGGGAUCCUAGACAAGCAGCAGGACGAAGUCAGCAGAUAACUGCUUCAGAAAACAAAGAUGGAGAUAUUUGCCGGAAUGGAGAAAAACACACCCUGCCUGGUCUGUCACACAAGGAGCACUUAACAGAACAAAUCAAUGUAGAGGAAAAGUUGUCUUCUGUAGAGAAGAGCUCGUGUGUUCAGCAGGGUGAUAAUUCAGGGGUUGCACAAAACUCACCGUCAGUAGAAAACAUACACACUUCUCAAGCAGAACAAACAAAACCCUUACAGGAGGAUAUUUUAAUGCAAAAUAUCGAAACUGUGCACCCAUUUCGAAGAGGAUCCACAGCGACAACAUCUCAUUUUGAAGGUGGAAACACAUGUCAAUCAGAAUUUCCUUCUAAAAGCAUCAACUUUACUUCCAGAAGCACCAGCCCCAGAACAAGUGCAAACUUUUCACCCAUGAGGCCACAGCAGCCCAACCUUCAGCAUCUCAAGUCUAGCCCCCCUGGAUUUCCAUUUCCAGGACCUCCUAAUUUUCCCCCACAAAGCAUGUUUGGAUUUCCACCACAUUUACCACCUCCUUUACUUCCCCCUCCAGGCUUUGGCUUUGCUCAAAAUCCCAUGGUUCCCUGGCCACCUGUUGUUCACCUGACAGGCCAACCACAACGUAUGAUGGGUCCCCUUUCACAAACAUCAAGGUAUAUAGGCCCACAAAAUUUUUACCAGGUUAAAGACAUUCGAAGACCAGAAAGGCGCCAUAGUGACCCUUGGGGUAGGCAAGACCAACAGCAACUGGAUAGGCCAUUUAAUAGGGGUAAAGGGGAUCGACAGAGAUUUUAUAGUGAUUCACACCAUUUGAAAAGAGAGCGACAUGAAAAGGAAUGGGAGCAAGAGUCUGAAAGGCAUAGACGCAGAGACAGAACCCAAGACAAGGACAGAGACAGAAAAAGGGAGGAAGGGCACAAAGAUAAAGAGAGGGCACGGUUGUCACAUGGUGAUCGAGGAGCAGAUGGAAAAGCAAGCCGGGAUAGUAGGAAUGUAGACAAGAAACCAGAUAAACCUAAAAGUGAAGACCAUGAAAAGGACAAAGAACGAGAGAAAAGUAAACAUAGAGAAGGAGAAAAGGACAGAGAUAGGUACCACAAAGAUAGGGACCACACUGACAGAGCUAAAAGCAAAAGGUAAAAUUUGCAGGCUGCUUCAAGAUUACAUUUAAAUAACUUAAAUGUUGUAUCUUAAAAACUUUAUGAUUGCCUGCUAGGAUUGUGCCAUCUUUUAAAUUUUUAAUAUUGGUGGUUUGCAGAACAAUAAAAUCUGUGUGUUGGUGCAGAGUGCUCUCUGUACCAGUGCUCAUCAUCCCUUCUUCAUACCAACUGUCCCUAGUUCUAGGAAUUUAAUAUUUUUAAAAGUUUUACAUUGCUGUAUAUUCAAAGAUUUGUUUUAUUAAUAUGCAAUAAAGGCUUAGAAAUUUUA